AUGGGAAUUCUAGCAGGGAAACGAGCCAGGGAGGUCAGUGGAUCCUUUAAGGCGGUGGAGAAGCACCAGAAUUUUUGGAAGGCAGAAAAUCUGGGAGGUGGGUGAUGUGCUGGGCUGAUUUUUGCUCUGGGAGUAGCACGGGGUUUAUUUCUGUGCCAUCAAACCACAAGAAGUCGUGAUAGAGCUGUGUUUUCUACAGCCAAAGGAAGGAAGCAGUACCAAGGACAGAAAAUCAAAAUGCUGGUGCUGUCCAACAACACAACCCUGAACCUUCUCCUCUCCAAACUGCUCCAGGACUGCCUGGAACAGACCAACAGCUCAGCUCCUGCUCAGGUGAGGAGUGCCAGCAACAACCUGGAGAUCAUCUACGUGCUGCUGAUGCUGGGGCUGCUGGGGUUCUUCACCGUGGGGGUGAUGGUGACCAACCUGCGGGCGCGGCGCCUCGAGGGACCCCGCGACCCCUACAACACCUACAUCGCCACCGACGCCUGGCACCAGAAGGACAGGCAGUACUUCCAGGCCAGGAUCAUCGAAAAUCACAAACUCUGCUGUGUCCUGGAGAACCAGCUGGCCGUGGAGAAGCCGGGCAGGAAGAUCCCUGAGGAGAAAUCUUCCUAG